GUGGAACCACAGAUGGUGUCAAGUAACUUCUUUCCGAGUUUAUCUUCCUGGGCAUUGGCUUCCUUGUGGUUGAUGGACCAGUGUUCAACUGAGGUGUGCUAGUCAUGUAGAUAUUUGUUUUUUUGUAGUCUUAGUAGCAAAGAAUUCAUUGCCAUACAAUGGCUUCCUUCCUAAUGGGAAUUGGAUUACCCAAACACUUGCAUUACUUCAUUAUGCCUGUUAGUUAUUUGAUGACAAAGGAGGCUUUUAUCUUUCUGUGCAGUACUUUUCAGUUCAUUUCUUUGUUAAUGUGAAAAUGAGUUAAACUAAAAUGAAAACUGGUAUUCCAGCAAUACUUAUUGCUGUUGAACAACUUCAAUGCAUGUUGGUCCUGUUUUUUAUAUUUUUAGGGUUUCCAAACGAGUCUGGUCAACAACGUACAUCAAUUUUUUGUAUAUAAUUAUUUAUAGACAGGGUGGCCACUUACUUAGAAAACUGCGAAAAAACAAGAAAUUUCAUUGCUCUGGAAAAGUUGGGAAAUCAGGGAAGAUGUGGAAGAAUCAUCAGGGAAAAUUUUUAGACAGUUUUAAAACUCAAUAAAUAGUGCAAAAUGCUCUACAAAUCUUGUCAUAGGUAAUACCACCAGUGCUUUGGAAAUUGUUGAUGGAUAAAUAAAUAAAUGGAUUUAUCCAAGAAUUUCCAAAGCAUGCAUGGUAUUUAAUAGGUCUAUUCCACGAGUGAAAUUGUGUCCAACAGAGUUUCAAAAAUUAACCAAAUAUGAAAAUGUUAAAAUCAAAGAUGUUAUGCUCUAAUACAUUGGCGGUUUAUUGGACAUUGACAUAGCAAUCUAUGUAUACUGCCUCCUAUGAUAGAUGAGUCACAUGAUGUCACAGUUUAUGAUUGCCCAGAAAGGAGAAGCGGUAUGACAAAUUGGAUAGAAAAAGCAAUUAACUUCUUGAGAUACACCGUCCUGAUUGGGGUAUUUUUUUAUGUAUAGUUAAACACUAUUGGUUUUAAUUUCACAAAUGGAAUGGUCAAUGUAAAUUUUUUUUAAAUACUCUGGAAAAGUCAGGGAAAUUUCUUUCAGAAAAUGAGUGGCCACCUUGAUGGACCAAAUGUUAGUAAAUCUGGUGAGAUUGAUUCCCAGCUAGGGCAGUCUAUUUUUUGAUGAGUCAAACAUCAUUAGCCUGGAAACAAACUUAGAUCUCUAUUUUAUUGUUUUGCUUUAUUGUGUUUUUGAAUUGAAUUACCAGCUGUUUUAAGUUUAAAUAAUUUCUGGCAAGUAAUGAGAAAUAAGAAUUGGCUGUGUUACAUACUGACAAAAGUUGCCAGAGUUCUUAUGAAUGUAAUUGUAUACCUUUACCUAAAGAAACGAGAUAAUCGAUAGUUUAAUGACUUCAAUUGAAUUACAGUCAUUACUAUUGCUGGAAUUAUGCUAAAGAGUUUGGAAUUUGAGAAACUAUUAUAGUUGUCAUCAUCAUUUAUGUAUUUGUUCCAUUGCUGAAUAACCACAUUGACAAUUAUUUUACCCAAGGUUCUAACAAUGAAGUUUCACAGUGGAACUUGAAUACAUUUACUAUAUAUAAGUAAAAAUAUCAUUCUUUAUGCUUAAUAUGAAUCGCUUCAGUUUGACAGAGGAAAAAACUAUUCUUGGCGUUGGCAAGCCUCUUCAGUCUUGUGACCUGUGAAGAAAUUUUCAGUUGGUUCCACAAAGUGUUUUUAAUCUUGAAUUAUACACUCUUAGGUCAAAAUAAACGUAUUUAUUUUAUUUAGUUACUUAUUAACAGGAUAAUCCCAUACAUAAAGAAUUAAUAUAGAUGAAUUAUGAAUAAAAAUAAAAGGGCUAGCAAUACCCUGAAUUUCUCGGAACAUCAAUGUGGAAUAGCCUCUUGAUCUACUGAGUCCUACAGUUAAUAAAACGAGUAUUACAAUAAUAAGGAAGUAAUUCAUUAAUAAAAAUUACAGUAAGGGAUCAAAAAUUAAAGUAUAGUAAAGAACUAUACUUUAAUAAAUAUGAUGGCAGAAUGCAACAGAAGAAUACAGAAACAACUAUACUCAGUUGUUGCACUUAAUAAAUAUGAUGGCAGAAUUAUAUAGCAUUGUCUGAGAGUAAAAAAAAAAAAAAAAAAAGUUUACAUCAAUAUUAUCAAAAUUUAUUUAUUUGUUUAUGGAGCAGCGAAAACCGGAUAUUCACGUAUCUUAACAAUUGUAUGUUUGAUAUUGUUACCAGAAAUGUUUUAUAAAAUUACCAGAAAAAUCAAUACUUCAGUAAUUCAUAUCUCAAACAUAAAUCUAUCAAACUAUGUUGUGCCUAACAAAAUGACUUCAUUGGCAUUUCAUUGAUAUUCUACGGUCAUAGACUAUUCCAUGCAUUGACCAUGGUUUUUCAAAAACGUGUGUCGAUGUAGUUUUGUCCUCGUUCCCAUUUAAUUUUCAAAUUAUAUCCUCCGAGGCGCAUAGUCCUUGGAAACCAAUCUUCAUGUUUUAUGAACAAACCAUCCAUGCAGUGUCUUUCCAUAUCUUGUUCCUGCCUUGCAACAUUUGCUGCUGUACAACUGAUAAUCCCAUUUAGGUCCACUGAGUGUCCACAUAUUCCACAUUUCCUUUGACUCAUAGUCCACAUAAUGGAUGCACACCAUUAAUUGUAGUCUUCAAGUUAUUGAAGUACUUCUGCACACUGUCUGUAGAAAGAUUAGCCUGAGAUUUAGAUACAUUGGUCGAUAUUCUCUGCCAUAUCACUGAUGAAACCUUUCUGCCGAUCAGGACCGGACAGGUUGUUUUUAAAAAUGCUUACUGUCUGACCAGAGAGAUGAAAGAAUGCUUUCACGAGGUAGGAAAGAUCAUUACCAUCGAAAGAUAACCCCAGUCAGAGCAGACCAGUAGUGCUUAAAGAACGAAUUGUUCAUCUGUUAAAACAUUAGGAUGACCUAGUCUCUAAGCAUGAUGCCCAUGAAUUCUAUUCUUUAACAUGCUUUUUGUAACUCCAUACUUUUCAGCAGCUCUUCUUAGUUGUACUCCUUGUUAGAAAACUAUGAAUCAUUUGGCUUAUGUAUGCACCUGAACCACUUCCAACUUUUUGAAAUUUUUCCCACUUUUAAAUGACAUGUGUUGCAUUAAGUUUUUAUUUUAUUACAUCCACUUUUGAUAAGUUGUCAAUAUCCAUUUGGUUUGAAAGAGUUUGAAGUGCUUGCAUUCCUGGCGUUUCUGCUCUUAUAGUUGGGCAGAAAAACUUUCCAUAGAAUUUCCGACUCCCUGUACAAUUUAACAAACUUAGCUGUUUGUUCUGUCAGUCUCAAGGUUUUCUGUUUUCCCGUCAUUUUUGUAAACAACCUUGUUGACCAUGUUGAGAUGGCACAAGGCAUCAACUGAUGUCAUUGCAGUCCCUCUGACUGGAAGUCACUUCACCGUUCAAGUCCUGACGGUGGCAGGAAUUUGGACAUUAGCUU